GAUGAAGCCUCCCCCUCUUCUGACCUUCCUCUGCCUCCUGGUGGCCCUGGCCAGCGGGAACCUGGUCCAGUUUGGGGUGAUGAUCGAGAGGAUGACGGGGAAGCCGGCGCUGCAGUACAAUGACUACGGCUGCUACUGCGGCGUUGGGGGCUCCCACUGGCCUGUGGACCAGACGGACUGGUGCUGCCAUGCCCAUGACUGCUGCUACGGGCGCCUGGAGAAGAUGGGCUGUGAACCCAAGCUGGAAAGGUAUCUCUUCUCUGCCAGCAAGAACAACAUCUUCUGCGCCGGCCGAACCGUCUGCCAGCGUCAGACCUGUGAGUGUGACCGGACUGCUGCCCUCUGCUUCCGCCAGAACCUGGGCACCUACAACCGCAACUUCGUGCGCUAUCCCAACACACUGUGCAGCGGCCCCACACCGCCCUGCUAG